UUUUGAUUUUUUUUAACGAUUCGAUUCGUUAAAUUCCGUUAAAGUCCGUUUAACGUACGUCUCACGGUGUCGCUGGUUUUUUGAAAGGUAUUUUUCACAGUGGUGGCAACGGUGGUGUUUUGGUAUAUUCUUUUUUUAGCGUGGUUGUGGAAAAAAAGGUGUUUGUUGUUGAUACAUAAAUAUUAACAACUGUUCUUCGUUUACAUCUGCGGAACAGCAGGCGUGGAGUGCGGUGAAGGAGGCGACGAAGAAGGAGGAGGGAAGGAAGAAGAUUAGCUGUUGGAGCAGGAGGAAGGGAGGAAGGGAGGAAGGAAGGAAGCUAGGAGGACGAUACGCUGGGAUGGAGAUGUCCAGGACAAUGCUCCUCGUCGCCGCCGUUCUCUCACUCUCGACCCUCUGCACGGCGACGGAAGACAAACCGGAAGCUGCAAUGCUCCGGCAAUUCGGGCCUUACGGACGCAGCCCCGACUUCCAGCGGAACUCCCGUAACGACCACCACGACCACCAGAACCGGAGACGACCUAACGACGGCCACAACCUGGACGACUUGUACGCCAACCACAAUACCGAGAGGGGGGACUUCGAUAGAUUAGGCGACCUGGGUGACGGCGUUCAGGAUUUCGGGGAUAAUUACUUCGAAAAUGACGCAGGAUUCUCGAGUGGCGGAUCCUACAGGCAGCAGGACAACGGGAUGAGGUCGGGUGGGUCCUUCGACAGGAUUUCGAAGCCUGGACUGACCCGUCGAGUAGGAUACGCGAUGGACUACGACUGGCGUGGGGUAGACAGGAGUGGUGGCAGUAGCAGUACCAGCGGAAGCAUUGACGUCUACAGCAUCCUGGCCUUGGGUAUCUUCGCCGCUUUCCUCGGCUACAUCGUCUACUACUACAUCAGCGUCAACGGAGGAGGCAGGUCCCUCGAAGGGCUUGGGGGAGAGAGCAUGAUGAAGAUCCUGGAAGACGUGACGAAGGGGGUCGAGCGAUGGGCCAUUCUUGAGCUGCUGCCUCAUAGCCUGGAGGGUUUUGAUAUUUCCAGGUUGUUGAGUCGAUAGAUGUUUUUAUUGUUGUUAUUUGUUGUUCAUUUGGUGUUAAUGUUAGGUUAUUUAUUGUUAUUUCUUAAUUGUUAAUUAUUUUUAUUAUUAUUUGUUGUUUGAGUCUUUUUCUUUCUUCUUUUUCUUGAGUCGCUACCUGAUAACUUGAAUGGCUUUCAUAUUUCCAGGUUGCUGAGUAGAUAAAUGAGUUUAAAGUUGAGUUAUUUACUUUUUGUGUUUAAAUAAUUUUUUUGUGUAACUGUUAAGUUAUUUGUUAUUAGUUGAGAUAUUUGUUUUCGUUUUAUCUUAUAUAUUUGUUUAUUUUGUUAUAGUCUAGUUUUUCGUUGUGUGUAUUAUCACGAUAAAACAAAGAAAAUAUAUUUAGGAGAAAAGUGAAAUAUAUAACAUUUUACAGAACUAAUCAAAACAUCUUAAUUCUGAUAACUGAAUUAUUUGUACUUUCCCGAGGCACUGUCACAUUAAGAGGAAUAACACUAUAACCAUGACGUUUCGAACUCAGACUGAACUCCUAUCUUAGUGUGGCAGUUUUUCAGUUCAUUUCACACAUGUUGCUGUCUCUGUAUAUUGUAUAUCAUACCUAGUCUUAACACUAUAUAUCAUAUCAUUUUAGUUGUUUAAGAUUAUAUGAAACAUUUCCCAUUAUACAUCAUUAUUUGUGGCAUUUAUAUAUGUUAAAGAUAAUAAGAAAUAUUUUUUACAUUCUGCAUAAUACUCAACCCUAAAAACAUGUUCGACAUACACACAUCCAUUAACAUGUAGGUUUAUAUGUUUAUCAUUUUUCCAGUUUAUGAAUCCAAUUUGGGCAUUGUUAGAUAUAACUAAAAUAAAAUGUUAAGAUAUAA